UGGGUAUAUAACCAAGUCGUCUGCUAGCGGAGCGCCAAAACAACGGCUUAGCCGCGGCCGGGAUCUAGCGAAGGAGAGCGCGCGGUGCCGCGUGUUAGCGACCCUACCAUGGACAAAUCGUCGCUAGCGGAAAAGAACGAGGAGUGGAUCAAGUUAGACGACCGAAAGGACAACCCGAGCAAGAAACAGUCGCGCUUCCAAGUCGCCAAAGUGGACUUCGCCGUCGAGAAACACUCGGACGACGAAGACGACGAAGAGAGGAGCGACGAAGAGCAGCCGCCGGACGGUCAGUCUUGGAACGCCUGCACCUACGACACGCACAAUGUACGCAGUUUACGGCACUACACCCGCGAAGCCCUGCCGAGGCUGGACCACUACCGAAAUGUCAUGUCCGUUCACGGCCACAUGGAAAGACCGACUCUGGACGAACUCCAUAAUGCCACGCUGUCCCUACUUCCCGACCAGAAGCAAUCCUUAGAGAAGUCGGUGAGGAAUGCUGCCGACGAAGGGGCCAUCAAGGGCAAGGGAGCUGUGAAGCUCGGAUGGAUACAAGGUGUCUUUGUGCGAUGCCUGCUCAACAUCUGGGGGGUCAUCCUGUUCUUGCGACUGUCCUGGGUUGUGGGACAGGCCGGAAUCGGUUUGGGAUGCGGCAUCGUCCUCCUGGCGUCCGUCGUCACCAUGCUCACCACAUUGUCCAUGUCCGCCAUUUGCACCAACGGAGAAGUCCGGGGAGGCGGCACGUACUACAUGAUAUCCCGGAGCCUGGGUCCUGAGUUCGGAGGCUCCAUCGGUCUCAUCUUUUCCCUAGCCAACGCGGUGGCCAUAGCCCUGUACGUAGUGGGCUUCUCGGAGUCUGUGCGGGAUUUGCUCAAGCAACAAGGGACGUUCAUUAUCGACGGAGGCCUCAACGACGUCCGGAUAGUGAGCGGCGUUACCGUCAUCUUCAUUUUGGGCAUCGCCAUCAUCGGCACAGAGUGGGAAUCCAAGGCCCAAAUGGUGCUCCUGGUGAUUUUGCUCGUGGCCAUGGUUGACUUCAUAGUGGGUGCCAUGAUCCCGCCCAGCCUUGUCGAGAUGGGCAAGGGAUACGUCGGGUGGUCCACAUCACUAGCACUUGAGAACUUCGGUCCAGACUUCAGGGAAGGCGAGAACUUCUUCACAGUGUUCGCAGUCUAUUUCCCGGCUGCAACUGGUAUCUUGGCUGGCGCCAACAUCUCUGGUGACCUGGCUGACCCCCAGACGGCCAUCCCCAAGGGCACCUAUCUGGCCAUCAUUGUCACGACCAUCUCAUACAUGUUCUUUGCGGCCAUGGCUGGGUCCGUGACCUUGCGAGAGGCCACGGGCAUACCCCCAAUCAACGGCACCAUGGAGGACAUCCGCAACUGCACCAUCACCGGGGGAUGCGAGUACGGCCUGCUCUACGACAGUCAGGUGAUGGAGCUGGUGUCUGCCUUCGGACCUCUUGUUUAUGCCGGCAUCUUUGCUGCCACGCUCUCCUCUGCCCUGGCCAGCUUGGUCAGCGCCCCCAAAGUGUUCCAGGCUCUGUGCAAGGACAGGAUCUUCCCACACAUCCACAUUUUUGCCAAGGGUUAUGGCAAGAGCAACGAACCACGGCGCGGCUACCUCCUUGCCUGCGCCAUUGCCCUUGGAUGUGUUGCCAUUGGCGAGCUGAACGCCAUUGCACCCAUCAUAUCCAAUUUCUUUAUGGCUGCAUACUCCCUGAUAAACUUUUCUUGCUUUCACGCUUCCUACGCCAAGUCCCCAGGCUUCCGUCCGGCGUUCAAGUACUACAACAUGUGGCUCAGCCUGGUGGGAGCCAUCCUGUGCGUUUUUGUCAUGUUCAUCAUGAACUGGCAGACUGCACUCAUCACCUUCGCUGUCAUCCUCGGCCUCUACAUCUACAUCAGCUACAGAAAGCCUGAUGUGAACUGGGGCUCCUCUACCCAAGCUCAGACAUACAAAGACGCUCUGAGCGCCGUGUACCGCCUCAAUAUGGUCCAAGAACACGUCAAAAACUACAGGCCUCAGAUCCUGGUACUGACGGGUGACCCCAGCCACAGGCCCCCGCUGGUCGACUUUGCGUACAGCAUCACCAAAAAGCUGUCACUUCUCAUCUGUGGCAACAUCACCCCUGUCCGCCUAACGUACCGUUCCCGAAAUGCGCUGGCAACCCGGGCAAACACCUGGCUUCAGCGACGCAAGAUCAAGGCCUUCUAUACCCUGGUAAAAGACGAGGACUUCACCCACGGCGUUCGCUCCAUGCUCCAGUCGGUGGGCGUCGGCAAACUGAAGCCCAACGUGGUGCUGCUCGGCUACAAGUCGAACUGGCAGACUUGCGAGCGGGAAGACGUUCUCAAGUACUUCAACGUCAUUCACGACACCCUGGACAUGUACCUGUCGGUGUGCAUCCUCCGCCUCCCCGAGGGCCUGGACUACUCCCACUACGCGGACAUGGAGGGCUUCGAGUCGUCCGCCGCCAACGGCAACAAGGCGGACAUGCUGUCGGUGCCGGGCAUCGAGAGGGAGAACUCCUCCGCGGGCUUCCCACGCAACAUCUCCAGCGCGCAGCUCUCGCUGGGUGGCAGCUCUCGGGAGCCCUCGCCGCCGUCCACCCCUCACGUUGGGCGGGCCGCGACGGCCGUCCAUCAGCAAGAAGGUGCCAACCACAACAAGGGUGCCGGCGCGACGCUGCAAGACGCGGAGCACGGAGUUGCGGUCAACGUACAGGCCCCUGAAGCGAUCCCCGAAGAAGUCCGCGAAGUCCCCAAGGAGGUGUUGCAGUCGGUGAACCAGUUCAUUCGCAAGCAGAGGAAAGGAACCAUCGAUGUCUGGUGGUUGUACGACGACGGAGGACUGACAAUGCUGAUCCCAUACCUGCUUACGACGCGUCACAACUGGAGCGGCUGCAAGCUCCGCGUCUUCUCCCUGGCCAACAAGAAGGAAGAAUUGGACCGGGAACAGCGCAACAUGGCAUCGCUUCUGAGCAAGUUCCGAAUCGAGUACUCGGACGUCACGGUCAUUCCAGACAUUGUGCGACCACCCAGCGAAGCGAGCAAAAGGGAGUUUGAGGAAUUGGUGCGCAAGUGGCGCAGAACUGACGAUGAAGUGGAGCAUGAUCCUCUGGAAAUUUCUGACUCCGAGAUGCUUGCCUUGAAAGAUAAGACAUACCGACACCUCCGGCUCAGAGAACUGCUGCAGCUCCAUUCUAAAGAUGCCACGCUCGUAGCUAUGACGCUGCCGAUGCCACGCAAGAGCACGUGUUCGGCAUCCAUGUACAUGGCCUGGCUGGAGACACUUACAAGGGACAUGCCGCCCUUCCUUCUCGUCCGAGGGAACCAGACCAGCGUGCUCACCUUCUACUCUUAGAGCAUAUAGCUAUGGUCUAUACUGUCCAUAAGCGCUUGACCAUCUGUCGUUUUGCCUGCAACCACUGUGACCACCUGUUAUUGCCCCUUUGGUCAUCCAGAACUGUCUGGCACCUGGUUCUUAUACGAGCUUGGCUCAUCUUCGUGUUAACAGUCUCCAGCAAAUGACCUUUUCGUGUUCGAGCUCAGCGAUGACACAGCAAAAAUGGCGUGUGGAUAUAGUUAUGUUUUGAGUGGGUAGGGAUAUUUUUUCCGCCUGCCAGUGUGAAUAUGACAAGUGCGGUGGCACUACUACAUGCCCCCAAAAAAUUCAUAAAGGUGGCCCCUUUGCAUUUAAUUGCAUUAUAAUCAUAAAAAUGUUUUCUUUUUUUUUUUGGGGGGGGGGGGGGGGCACGUUGUAGUUGUUGACUACUAGGCUGGGGUCAGACCGCAAUUUUAUACACACAUAUUGCUGCAUCAUAAAAAAAAUGGUAGCCAUAAUUUUUGAGGACAUUCCGUUGUAUCCCUGCAUUUGACUUUUACAGUGUGAUGGACAGAUAUGGACGAAAGGGACCAAAUGACGUUUUUUUGUUUUUUUUCCUUUUGUAUUUCGCCUCUGUUAACAGUGGGGUUGUAAGCUUCACUCACUUCCUUGUAGCAGAAGUUACUGGUGACUUGUUUGUGCUUAGUUUAAGAUAAGGCUGAGCAAUGGCAAGGUGCAUUGAACGAUUCAUUUCCUUGAGUACUUAUAACGUUGAUUGCGAGGGAAGCUCGUUUGUAAAGGUUACCAAUGGUUAUAAGUUGCAUUCAUUAAGGGGGCUUCCGCAAGCAAGAACAACCCGCGCAAAGUGUACCACAUCAAAGUUGGACUUGUGUUGUGCUACUAUCUCGGUGUGUCUGUGGUUCACCCAAGUAAUUGUCUCCCAUGUGUAUGUUGUGGAGUUGAGGACAUUGGUCACUGCUUCUUGGUUUAGACGGCAUUUAUCCGGUUUAUUUCUAAACUGCGCUGUUUUAACAGAUAUCUAUUUUUGUAGAGAAAGGUGUACAUAGGAACAUUUGUGUGCGAUUCUUGGAUCGCCUAGUGUACAUAGUUUUUUCACACUCGUGACCUCAUUCGAUGCAAUUAAUGUGUGCUUCCAUGUUAAACAUCGAGCCAUACAUCUUAAGGUUCGAAGACGCGAUAGGAAGUUUCUUUUUUUUUUCCUUUUGUUGUUGUUGAACCAAGUGCCUUUAGAAGCGACAUAGUCACACGUGACUUCAUUAGACAUACUGGGAGAGCACUAAAGUGCCUCUCUCACGUGUAGCAUAUAAUUCUUAAAGAAAGAAAAAAAAGCAAACAUCUAAUAAAUCGAUUUAUUAGAUAUAA